GGCCGUGGGGACCUGGGCUCCCGUGAUGUCCGGCACUGGGCUCUGAUCACCCCUGAGGACUCCGUGCACCACGGGACCUUUGACACCUGGGGAUCUGAGGAGCCCUGGUUUUGAGGUCUCUGGACCCUCCCAGACUGUUCUCCACCCUUACCAAGUCCUUCCUGUGUUGCACAUGUGUCUUCAAGCAGAGGGACCGGCCACUAACAUCCCCUCUCGGUGACAACUCUUGCUUCCGCCCGCCCCCCCUCAUCUAAAAUAACCUUACCUUCAUUUGGGAUGACUUCACAUCAGAUAGCUCUGGGACCUAAUUUAUGUGCCAGCAUUUGUGCUGGAGAUUUACAUGCAAAUCCCUGUUCAUUUAUAGCAGUGGAAAUCCAGCCAGAAUUGGGCCGGGUCCAAAUCCCAGCUCUGCUGUUCGUGGGCUCAGAGAGCUGGUCUCCUGAGCCUCAGUUUCUAUAUCUGUAGAGCAGGCGCAGCACAGCCAGCAGCAUAUGGGCCCGAAUCCUCUGCACGGUUGGGGGUGGGUGGUGGUGAUACUUCCUACCUAAAGGUAAGGGUUGGACAAGAUGGAGAAUACACGGAUUGUGGCAGGAAAAACUGAACGUGUAUUUGGGUUUCGAAUCCUCUGCACGGUUGGGGGUGGGUGGUGGUGAUACUUCCUACCUAAAGGUAAGGGUUGGACAAGAUGGAGAAUACACGGAUUGUGGCAGGAAAAACUGAACGUGUAUUUGGGUUUCAAGGAAACGGACCAAUUAAAGCUGAUUUUCAAAGUCAGCAGAAGAAAAGAAACAAGCUGUCAGCACUUCUCACUGUUCACACUGAGGGGUUUGUAGAUUGAACUUGGACAGCCGUCCUUGGAUGGAUACACUGAUACAGUUAGUAAAGUUACCCUCCACUUUACACACUAACCAUUGUUUAAAGUGACCCUUUAUCUAGAGAAUGUUACAAAGAGCCCAGGCAUAAAAUGGGCACGGGACCUGUUGUCUGAAAAGAAGCCAGUGUUCUCUGGUCUGGGGCGAUUUGUCCCUGGUCCUUGGAUGUCGGGAGUGGACAGAACGAUGGCCGUGGUGCAGUAGGAUGCAGGUGGUUCCUCCAGAGUCAAACAGCGCCGCUGUCCCUGCCUUUGCUCCUGCCCAGCAGCACCCCUCCUGGCUUCCUGCUGCUCCUUGGCAGGGGACAGCCAUCGUCAUGGCCGAGCGAGCACUGGCCCCCACCCAGAUGGGGCGGGGGGACCGUUACUACACGUACACCGAGCUCCUGGCCAUCUCGCGGCGCUUCAAGCAGAACCCCAACGAGCUCAUGAUCACCUGGAUCCUGCGAGUGUAUGACCAGGGGGGCCCGGCCCUGUCCCUGAACUCUGGAGAGCUGGCGCUUCUGGGUGACCUGACCGGCGAUGCCAUCUUCAACUACCACUGCAAGACGCUGCGGGGUGGCUGCCAGACGCUGCUCACCUGGCUGCUGCUGGCCUGGCGCCAGCGCUGGGAGUCCUUCCUGCACUUUGAGGCCACCGAGCUCCCCUUCCGCCCCUGGACCACCAUGGAGGAGGGCAUCCAGCUGGUGCGCGAGCUGGGCAUGCUCGACUGGAUCUACCGCGAGCCGCCCUCACCCCCCGCGCCCGAGCAGGGGCCCUGGCCGGCGCCCGAGGACGUGCCCUUCACGCAGGGCCUCCAGCGGCGCCUGCUGACGGCCGCGCCCUCCGAGCUGCGGCUCUCGCUGGUCAGCCUGCUGGUCAAGGGCAUGACAGUGCUGGAGGCGGUGAUGGAGAUCCAGACCAUCGCCGACGUGGGCCUGCUGUGGCGCCAGAGCCAGCCGGGCCGCGCCAAGCUCAUGUUGGGGCCCAACCCGACGCGCAAGGACCUCACGGGCUGGCUGCUGAGCCAUGGCGUCCCCAAGGAGAGGGUGGACAAGCAGCCCACCAAGGUCCUCCUGGAGCUCUACAUCAAAGAGGCCAAGCGCAGCCGCGGCCACCCUGCCUAUGUGCUGGGGGACGAGCAGCCCCCGCCUCCCCCCUACUCAGACCAGGCCUGUGGGGAGGAGCCGCCCGCGCCCGUGCGCCAUGACUAGGCCCCCCCUGGGCACGGUCUCCCCGCUGCUACUCUGCGGGGUGGGGUGGUGCUGUGUUCCAGGAGAGACAGAGUCCAUGCCUCCUGAGCACCCCCAGGGGGGACUGAGGGGUGGUCCGUUUGCCCUUCUCCAGACUCCCGGGCCUCUCUGAGUGCUUGAGGUGCCCUUGCCCCCUGGCACCCUAUCGGUGUUACCAGCCAGAGUGGUGGAGGGAAGCGAGCCGGCCAGUAGCCCUUAGGUGCCUGUGCCCCCAUCCCCAGGGGCACAUCCCAUUACAUUUCAGUCUGUUACACUUCAGGCCCAUUGGCAUGGUGGGUGGGCACCCCCACCGGCCCCCAAAGCACUACAGGCCAAGUGGGAUCUCCGCACAGCCCACAACUUGAAAGCACCUUGAAGUUUGUACCCUUUUUCUUAAGCUAUUUUUAAAUGCAAUGUUUUUACCUAAUAAUUUAAGCAUGUACAACA